CGAGAGUGUGAGUUUGCCCGGAAGGUCCCGCUGCUUCGUGUCGCUUGAAUUGGAGAAGGUUUUGGCCACAAUCCUCGGAAAUCGAUCUUUUUUAAACGUCAUUCAAUUCGUGAGGAUAAAAUAACGACCAUGACCGACUGGAAGACGCAGAUCGGCUACAAGUACAACCCGUCUUACCAUGCUUAUGCCUACGGCCUCAUGUACCAGCCGGGGCCCGAGCAGAACCACGGGAACCACAUGAGCUGCUGGAGCGACUCCGGAGUCACCGACCUGAGCAACUACAACGCCGGGGUUCCACAGGCCUACUACACCCCCAUCCCAACCAGAGCCCGGGAGGAGUCCCCGCCGGUCAGCCCGGAGCACCUCGCCGCCAGCGGACAACGACAUUACCUGGGCUCCGGGGUCGUCUCCCUCGGUGACGCCCAGGCGGGCCUCCUGCUCCACAGCAAGCCGCACCGGUCUGCGUACGACGAAGCGCGGGCGGAGGGAGUCGGGCGGGUCGGGAGCCCCUCCACCAGUGACUCUGAUGCUCACACCUCACCAGACUCGUGGAGUUCAAGGAGUAGCAGCAGCAGGGAAGGCGGUCUGCCCCAGACAGACCCUGCUACUUGGGUAAGGAGGGAUCUUGAAGAGUGUGACGGGAGCCCCAUUUCCAGCAAGGACGUUUCCAGCUCUCUUGUGGAGGAGCCUGAGAUCUUCACCGCCACAGGGAACAAUGGCGCCGCGGACAUCACCCCUCUACUAGUGCCCGUAGCUCUCCCUAAUAAGCCAAGCCCUCCUGCUGUAACCAAACCUAAAGGAAAGGUGCGGGCAGCCUUCUCAGAGAGUCAGAUGAACACUCUGGUCCAGCGCUUCAGGGUUCAGAGGUACCUCACCCCGGCUGAAAUGAAGAACCUGGCAGAAACGACAGGCCUGACUUACCAACAGGUGAAGACUUGGUUUCAGAACCGGAGGGUGAAGCUGAAAAGGCACCAGAAAGACACGAGCUGGGUGUCUGAGCAAUACACCCUCAACAAGGAUGGUCCAGCUCACGGAACCAUGUACAACAACAUUCCUCCACAUAUCCCACCCUAUCUGGGAGAAGCCCAGUCCCAACUCAAGGAGCAUUACAACCAGCACAUGAUGAAGGCGACUCCACAGAACCUGGCCUUCUACCUGGCUGCUAUGGGUGGAGCCCAAGGGUCUGCUGGCUACCCCUCCUGGUCCGCCGCCUCUUCCCAGACGGCAAUGCCAACCAGGCCCCCAGCAACCGGCUGGUCCAUGCCGCCGAGCAUCAACCAUUACGAGUACAACCACAAUGCGUCCAACGCUUCCACCGCAAACAACAUUGGGCACAAUACGAGCUUCGAAACCAAAGACGAGGAGCCUGUCAACAGCUGAAACUUGAAAAUACUCAUGGUGCAAAACAGCAGCCUUUAGUCCCACAUGUACAUUAGCCUUCUCUUAAUGUUGACAGUUAUUUUUGCCUCAUGCUCUUCAAGUUUCGUGACUAAUUUGCAAAGUACUGGGGUGGUUAUGACAGGCUGGGUGUACAUAUUCCUUGUUCAGACUCCUGCUCAAAUGUAUUUUACGGUUUUAUUUUUAUAUGCAACUAUUUAAUGUAUGUUGGUGUGUUAUUUGCGCUUUGUGAUGCUAGAUGGGUCCAGUUUGGAUACAUUCUUGUAAUAGUUUUUUUUUCUAUCUUUUUUUGAACUCUUUAUGGGCAUGUUCUGAUACAAUUCUAAUGUGAACAAAUUUGACACUUUUUUUUCUUCUAUAAAUAUACGUUCAAUUCA